AUGUUCGGGAAUAAUAACAGAUCAAUGUUUGGUGGGAAUAAUACUCAAUCGCAACCAUUAGGAAACACUAAUAAUAAUAAUGCAUUCGGUAAUAAUACGAAUCAAUUUGGUAAUAACGGUGGUGCUAUGAAUAAUGCUCAGAGUGGGUUUGGUGGAUUUGCUUCUACUCAGAACAAACCAAUGUUUGGAAACACCAAUAACAAUAAUGCAACAAACACUGGAGGCAAUAUGCUUGGACAGAAUCAAAACUCAGGAUUUGGCGGUGGUAUGAAUAAUACUGGUAAUGCAUUUGGAAGUAAUGUAAAUGCAAAUACUUCUGGAUCGGGUAUGUUUGGAGCCCAAACCAAUACUAAUAAUACCAGUAAUACAUUUGGAAAUAAUACUAAUAACAAUAAUGCAUUCGGAGCCACUAACUCAACUAAUACUACAGGUUUCGGUAACAACAAUAAUAAUAAUGUAUUUGGAAUGAAUAAACCUUCAACUGGUAUGUUUGGCCAAAAUACCGUAGGUAAUAACAUUACUCAGUCAUCUAUGUUUGGUCAGAACAACAACAAUACUAAUAAUAAUAACAGCGGUAAUUCGAUGUUUGGUCAAAACAACAACUCUUUCGGAAUUAGUACAUUAGGUGGAAUGAAUAACAACAACAAUAAUCGAACACAGACACAGACAAAUGGUUUGUUUGGUAACACUAACACUAACACUACCAGUAUAAAUAGUCCGUUCGGUAACACUAACAAUACUCAAUCCGCCGGUCUAUAUGGACAAAACAACCAACAACAACAACAACAAGCUGGGACAUUUGGUCAAAAUAAUAAUAACCAACAACAACAACAAGGUGGAUUGUUUGGUAACAAACCAACUACUAUGGGAUUUGGUAAUCAAAAUAAUUCAGGUUUUGGAAAUACAAACCAACAGCAAACUGGAAUGUUUGGUCAAAAUAACAACAAUAGCGCCAUGGCUGGUAAUAACGCUGGUAUGUUUGGUCAAAAUAACCAGGUAAGUUCUGGGUUUGGUCAGCAGUCCUCAGGUGGGUUAUUUGGAAAUAAACCAGCUACUGGUGGUCUGUUCGGUCAAAAUCCACAACCGCAGCAACAGCAACAGCAACCAGGUGGUUUAUUCGGACAAACUAACUCAAUGCAAAAACCUGGUGGACUUUUUGGUCAGAAUAAUCAGCAACAACAGCAAGGUGGUCUGUUUGGAAAUAAACUAUCAACAGGAGGAUUAUUUGGUAAUAACCAACCACAGCAACAACAACAAGGUCAACUGAAUACUUCGGCUGGCGGGUUAUUUGGUAGUAAACCAGCUACGGGUGGUUUGUUUGGGAACAAUAAUAUGGGUCAGCAGAAUCAGUCAACGGGAUUUGGUAAUUCGUUUGGUUCAAAUACAAUGAAUACAGCCACCCAGAACAACACUUCUGUUGGUGGUUUAUUUGGUAAUAAACCUGCAACUACUACUGGUGGUGGUCUCUUUGGUAACAAUAAUAACACUCUCGGUGCACAAUCCGGUUCAACAUUCGGUACAAAUAAUACUACUUUGGGUGGUAAUAAUAUGGGUGCAACUACUAGUGGUUUAUUCGGUGCAAAACCUGGAAAUACUACAUCUGGAUUUGGAACAACCCAACAGACAAAUACGGCAACGGGUGGACUCUUUGGAGCUAAACCGAUGGGUACUUCAUUUGGGCAAGCUCAACCUGCGUCAGCAACCACAAGUGGUGGUUUGUUUGGUGCUAAGCCGUCCACUAUGGGUGGUCUAAAUAACACUGUUGGUGGGACGGUUGGUUCAGGUAUGUUUGGGAAUAGUACAACGACCAAUACUCUUGGUUCAAGUACAACAGGAACAAACACCCUUGGGGGUGGACUGUUCGGAAAUAAAGCUGCUCCAAAUAAUGGUCCUUUAAGUACUGUCGGUGGAUUAACUAUGGGUGCUUCAAACCAACCAGCCAUUAAUUCCAAUUUGAACAAUUUGUUUUUGAAUGGUACUCUUCCUGAAUCAAUCACACAACCUAAUAAAACAUCCAUUGUUAGAGUUAGUGCUGAUAAUAAAAUGAAUACAACAUUAACCAAAGCUUAUAGAUUGGCACCUAAAGUGUUGUUCUCUACCAAACAGUUGGCUUCGUUGAAUAGAACUUCAAUGAGAUCUUCAGAGUCGACUAUUACAUCAGGUACAACUAAUGACGGUGCACUAUCGUUGGGGACUAAGACUGAAUCUGAGAUAAAUGCAUUAAAUGGUGCUACUCCUUUAAAAUUAUUGUUUAGCCCAGAUAAAACAUCAAUGAAAUCUUUGAUUGUUAGGAAGAAACUAGAGAAUACCGAUGAGAAUGUAGCUGAGGCCAACACAGUAAAGCAAAUUACCUUUAAUAAUCCAUCUACCUCUUCAAGUCCUCAGAAGACAGCCGCAUUUGAGAUUCCAUCUGAUGAAGAAAAAGAGCAAGAACAAGAAAGGAUUAAUGAGCUAGAUGAUGAUAAUUCAAGUACAGUCUCUGCUCUGUUACCAGAGAAGGGUACUCCACAAUAUAUUAAAUUGCAUACAGCAUUAAGCGAUGAUGUCGAAUUUUUAGAUGAUAAUUAUUAUAUUUCACCAUCUUUAGAUACUUUGAAAUCAAAAUCUUUACUUGAUUUAAGACAAGUUGAUAAUUUAAUUGUUGGUAAUACCAAGUUUGGUAAAAUGGAAUUUUUAGAACCAGUAGACUUAUCCAAUGUUCCAUUAAAUCUAUUGUGUGGUAAUAUUAUUAAUUUCAGUCCUAAUGAAUGUUUAGUCUAUUCGAAUUCUUCAUCUGUUCCAGAACCUCAUGAUGGAUUAAACGUUAGAGUUAGAAUCUCUAUAUACAAUUGUUUCCCAAGAGAUAAAUCAGAUAGAAAAAUUAUUACAGACAUUACACAUCCUGCAUUUACUCAAAUUGUUGCCAAAUUGAAAAAGAGUCACGACAAAUAUGCGAAGUUUGAAAGUUAUGAUCCGUCAACUGGUACAUAUACAUUUAUUAGAGAGCACGCUGUCAUUAGCGUUCCAUGA